GAAGACCUCGGUAGAUGCACAUGGAUGUUCCUGCAUACGCUUGCUGCACAAUAUCCUGAAAAUCCUACGGCUGGACAAGAGAGAGACGCAAAAGAUCUUAUUGGCAUUUUGACGCGUAUGUACCCAUGCGAUACCUGCGCACAUCACUUCGCGGAUGUUGUUUCACGCCACCCUCCAGAUGUUUCAACCGGAUUCGCUUUUCAGAGAUGGUUAUGCGCAGCCCAUAAUGAAGUUAAUUUGCGCCUGGAAAAAGAACAAUUCGAUUGCACAGAUGUGCACAUCAGGUGG